GGAGUUUCGCCCGCCCUGACCCUGCUUCACCACCCAACCAGCCUCGCCGCUCGCCAGAUCCUUCAAGCGGCUUCUUAUCCCUCCAGCCUCACGCAGGAGAAAAGGGAAGCAUCAGAAAGGACCAGACAGGCACCCAUGCGUUGAUAUUGAAGAGGUAACAUCCCUACACAACUCAACCUAACGGGCGAGUAUCCAGUAUCUGGGACGAGUUGGCUUGCUUCCGUCCUGGACCUGGUCCACUCUCCUCUCCCUUUCUCCCCAAUCACACCUUCACUUGGUUCUCGUCCUUCCAUGCCAGAAGGGCAAAAAGAAAAUCAUCCACACGGCUCCCUUCUGCGUUUCAGAUUCGUUCUCGGACACACGUACCUCCACCAAAAGUCUGGCACUAACAACGGCCUCUAGCCCUCCUGGCUACCGACUCUCCUCCAUCAUCAUCACUCAUUACGCUCAUUCCGUCGAGUUCUUUCAACGACCAUUCCUCUUUCAACGGACACUGCUCCUCCGAACUCGACAUCAAAGCAAUUCUGCCCAGCUUAGCUACCACUUUUCUGCUUCUUAUCUGUCCAUGCAGAACGGGUUUGUCUCCUUAAUCCAAUCGAACGCUCACAGCGGCUGCUGCGGCUGAGAUGGGUAAUUCUCAGGGCAAGCUCUCUUCUUCAGAUCACCCAGGUAUGUUUUUCAUCGUUCUCCUGCGGUAGACGUGUAUGUUAAUACUCUAUUAGUCAAUUUAAACCAGUUCAGGCUACUUCGUGUCGUGGGAAAAGGUGCUUUUGGAAAGGUUCGCAUCGUCGAGCGGAAAGAUACAGGCCUUACUUUUGCCCUGAAAUAUAUCAGAAAAGAUGAAGGUAGGCUCCCCUUUUUUCACCUUUUCCGGAAUCAACCUCAUAUACUCACUGCAUUAACCAGUCGUCCGGUCGGAGAGCGUGCGGAACAUUAUUCGCGAGCGGCGCAUGCUCGAACAUCUUAACCACCCCUUUCUCUGCAACUUGAGAUACAGCUUCCAGGAUAUGGAGUACAUGUACGUUGAGCGAACAUACACGGUGUAUUGAUUAACUCGAUGACUGUUGUCAUGCUAACAAUCUCUAGAUACAUCGUUGUCGACCUCAUGAACGGCGGUGACCUCCGUUUCCAUAUAUCGAGAAAAUGUUUCACUGAAGAGGCAAUUCGAUUCUGGAUGGCCGAGCUUGCAUGCGCUCUUCACUAUAUCCACGGGCAGGGCAUUGUACAUCGAGACGUUAAGCCAGACAACAUACUACUGGACUCUGAAGGACAUGUUCAUCUUGCUGAUUUUAAUGUCGCCUCAGACUUUAAACCCUCGAAGCCACUUACCAGCAGAUCCGGAACAAUGGCAUACCUCGCUCCUGAAGUCUUCCAAGGAGGAGGCUACCUAUCGAAUGUUGACUGGUGGUCGCUCGGGGUAACUUUCUACGAAUGCAUCUACAGUAAACGACCCUUCGAUGGCCGAAGCCAUAGCUCUCUCAGCGAAGCUAUUAUGCGCACUCAACCCAAGUACUACGUAACAAACCCCGCCGUUACCGUCCCCUGUCUCCAUGCUCUUAGUGCAUUACUAGAAAAGGACCCGACGAAACGCAUUGGCGCCAUGAACUUUGAAUCAUUCACUACUCACGCCUUCUUUGCUCCUAUCGACUUUGAUGCCCUCCAGAGAAAGGAGAUUGAACCAGUCUUCGUACCGUCCAGUGACAAGACCAACUUUGACGCUACGUACGAUCUCGAAGAACUUCUGCUUGAGGAGGCACCGUUGGAAGCGCGUGCCCGCCGCCAGAAACCCCGCGCUGAACUCAAGGAUGAUGCUACGGCCAAAGAAAUCCGAGAGGACGAGCUUCACCGUAUCAUAGAAACCAUGUUCGAGCCUUUUGAUUACACAACGAUGAAUUAUGAAACCACUGCUGCCGCAGCCAUUGCUGCCUCUGCUAACCCUGAAGACUGCCUCAAUUUGACACAUCGCCGAGCCAGCGACGUCGACGCCGGCAUACUAAUUCCCAGGGUCGCUCGGGCUCCUCCUCGCCCUCGGUCCGAACAGAUCGCUCGACCCGAACGGACAAGUCGACUAGGACAGAAAAAUCCUACCGAUCUACCGCUUCCGACGGACAUGGCCAGAAUAACGUACCAGUCGAUAGUGUAAACCCUGGUUCCCCAUCCUCUGAUCGCGGCGGCGCCCUCUCUCGCUCUCCUCCAACCCAACCUCCUCCCGGUCCCCCUUCGCUCCCGUCCCAACGCCACGCUAACCGUUCUCAUACCAUCACUUCGACAAACCAAGGCGUUCCACAGUUCUCCCCGCCUCCGCCACCGCCGGCUCAAUUGCCACAACCCCAACCUCGCGGUGCGACCCGAAACCGGAGUAAAUCUGGAGGUGUCCAAAUGGUUCUCGAAGAGACAGGCAGUUGGUCCGGACUGGCUGAUCAGACCACUAACGGGGAUACUCU